AUGGCUUUCCCCCGAGCACUACUUCUCUCUGCCCUCCUGGGCUCAGCUGCCCUGACCACCGCAGCUCCAGUCGCCUCUACUUGCCAGCCAGAGCUCAGGCAGUGGGGCCAACUCACUUUUAACGACACCGCUCUGAGUCUUGGCGAUGACGGCGACUUUGUCAUCGGAGGAGCCAAUCCAAUCAACUUUGCAGUGGCUAUCUGCUCAUACGACAACUAUGGCAAGUACGAGGUACAGGGCCAGGGAUACUUGGUUAAUGCUACCGACGCGACGCAAUGCCUGACCGCGAGCGCGCUCGAUGAGGAGAACGCAAGUUUUUCAUUCCAGCCAUGCACCUACAAUGGUGGAGACAUUUCAGCCACGCAGGCAUUUGCGUAUUACAGCGACUACGACGGAGGCAAUACCUUGCCCGGCUACUUCAACGGAGAGAACAGUAAGGCGGUCAACAGUACCCAGCCACCGCUCUACACUCUCAAGUCCCAGUACAACAGGCUCACUUUCGACGGUACUCUGGGCAAGUUGUUGGUAGACUACACACCCAACCUCACCACGGUUCCGGCGACGUCGCUGGCUUUGCCGCUAGGCAACCUUCCGGUCACUGCACCGGCGCCGACCGAUGAUCCAGCUCUGAACUGCGCCUCUCACCUGAUUGGUCAGCUCAACUUCAACAAUCAGACGUCGAGCUCCAACCAGUACAACGGGCCGUUGAACGCGCGUUGGGAGGCAGAUGCGAGUACCUCGGACAAGUUCGUAUUUGAACAGUGCGACUACUCGCCUGCGGGCAUCAAGGCUGAAGGCGACGUCGUCUACGGUCGUCUCCGCCCGAGUACCGAGCUUCUGCACAGCAAGUUCCAGUGCUACGCAUUGGAGGGUGCAGGGUUAGGACCCUGGAUCAUGGGUCUGCAGCUGCAGACGUGCGGCUACGCGACCGCCGAUGCCCAAGAAGCCGCCACGUCCAACCUCGACGUUAUCCAGUACAACACAUCGGACAACUCGAUUCACUGGGUCACAUUCCUUAACGGCACUCAGGUCAGCGAGUACUCGGCUUACACUCAGCUCGACUACGACUCCGAGUACGGCGUUACCCAGCACGUCUGGGACGAGUUGGGAAUCGGCUACAUCCAGCUCUCGCCAGACAACGCCAACUUGACCAAGUACCCGCCUGGAAAAGUGAGCUUCGUCCCCGAGCAUCGUUCCAGUUGA